CAUGCAAGACUCCAUGUCUUGGAUAAGUUUCAUUUCAAAGAGAAGGAGAGUACGGAGACUAAGAUAGCUUACCUAAAGACGGACCUUUACACUUUUGUUGUUAAGGUAAAUCACAUAUAUUUUGAUUGUUCUUUUUGGAGAGCAUUUUUCAAGGCGUACGGGUUUGAGGAGGACAUGAACAUUACGUUCGACCUUGGUCAUGACGAUGAUCAUGAUAAUAAUAUCGAAAUUGGGAUGCAUGCAGAUCACUUGAUUCUAGUUCUACCUCCAGCUUAUUUCUCUACUCCAAAAAAUACACGACAGGUAGUAGAUCGGACCUACUACAGUUAUGGUUCUAAGCUUACUUGGUUGGAUAAAAAUCAUCUGAUCUUAUUUAUUCAUGAUGGAGAGCAUUAUAACAACAACUACAUGAUUGGCAACAGUUAUCAUGGAUAUGUACCACUAGUGCACAAGUUCAACCAUUAUAACAUCACUUCAGACUACUUUGUACUCCUGCCAGAGACCGGGUGUGAAGUGAUGCUUAUCAAAGGAGAUUUGUAUAUGGUUAGCUUACGACCAAUCCCGUUGAGUUACCAUGGUAAAUCACGAUAUGUUGAACUGAAAACCCCUAAAAACCAAACGAUGGAGUAACGCAAUAAAAGCAAACAUACUACGAUUUGGAGACAAAUACUUGUGCAUCCCACAAGUUGGAAAUACGUUGAUGUGUAUUCUUCAAUAGCGAGAUGCAGGAGUUUUCCUUCUUUUAUGCUAGUUUACCUAUGAGAGAGUAGUAGUUAGUGUUGGUAACUUGUGAUACCUUCGUAGCUGGUUAUUUACUUGUGAUAAUUUGGUCGCUUGCUAUCUGUUGCUAGAAUAAUAAAGAGUUGUUUAACUAGUAUGAUAACAACUAGAAUGAUGAUGAGUUGUUUUUUAUUUUAUGAUAUUUUAACUUGGCAUGAUUAAGAUGACAAUGAGUUGUUAUAUGAAAUAUAUUAGAUUAAAGUAGAUGGAUGCAACGGAUUAAGUGGAAUUAGAGUAAAAUACAAUGCUGUGAUUCGUAUUUUUUCUCUAAUUGAAGUUGGA